GCUGCCCGGGCGGGGCUAUGGCGGCGGCGACGGUGGCAGAGGCACCAGAGGUCCUUCAGGAAUGUGGCUGCAAGGGCAUCAGGACCUGUCUGAUCUGCGAGCGGCAGCGCGGUGGUAACCUGUCCUGGCAGCUCCCUCCGCAGAACCCAGACCGUUUCACUUACUGCUCCCACACUGGCUGGGCAGUGGGUGCCGAGGAGUCUGACUUCGAAGGGUGGGCCUUCCCCUUUCCAGGAGUGACACUGAUAGAAGACUUUGUGACCCGGGAUGAAGAAGCUGAGUUGGUGCGUCUGAUGGACCGUGACCCCUGGAAGCUCUCACAGUCUGGACGGAGGAAGCAGGACUAUGGCCCCAAAGUCAACUUUCGCAAACGGAAGCUGAAGGCUGCUGGCUUCAGAGGCCUGCCCAGCUUUAGCCGGGAGGUGGUGCGCAGAAUGGGCCUCUACCCCAUCCUGGAGGACUUCCGGCCCGUCGAACAGUGUAACCUGGACUACUGCCCCGAGCGGGGCUCGGCCAUUGACCCCCACUUGGAUGACACCUGGCUAUGGGGGGAGCGGCUGGUGAGCCUCAACCUGCUUUCCCCCACGGUGCUGUCCAUGUCCCACGAGGCGCCCGGCAGCCUGCUGCUCUGCCCAGCAUCUCCCGGCUCCCUGGAGCCCAUGGUGGAAGGUGUGGUGGCCUUCAGUAGGUCUGUCCUGUGCCAGGACGUGGAGGUGGCCGUCCCCGUGCCCCGCCGGUCUCUGCUUGUGCUCUCUGGCGCAGCACGGCACCAGUGGCAGCACGCCAUCCACCGGAAACACAUUACAGCUCGCCGCGUCUGCGUCACCUUCAGGGAGCUGUCAGCUGAGUUCUGCUCUGGAGGGAAGCAGCAGGAACUGGGGCAGAAGCUCCUGCAGAUCGCCUUCUCCUUCCAAGGAAGACCCACGUGAGCAACCUCACAUGGGCGGAGCCAGCAUGGUCCUGCCCUGGGGUGCCAGGCCCACCGAGUGACCGACCUAUCUAUUAUCGACCUACCAAUCAUUGGGAUUAAAGGGGGGCCCGGACAAGGGUCUUUUUCCCAGCUCAUAAGGAAAUCAGCUUGACCCUUGCCACCACGUUUUGAUGAGAAUGCACCUCAGGUCCGGCCCCUUCAACCCACGCUGUGGCUACUUUUGGGUUUGAUUAUUUAUCAUAGUUUUCAGAGAGUGGGGUAAUUUGAGCUUAAAUAAUUUUGGUACCAUUUAAAA